CGUAGUACACAAACCCUAUAUUGCAUGACUUGAACCGAUAUGCGGAAGAGAAAACUAAUGCAUAUGGAUAAACAUCAGGAUUUACCAAAACAGUGCACCUUGCACUUGAUGGCUUGACGUGGAUAUCUUCUCCAUCGAUAAUGUUUCCUUCCCUUAGCGAUCAUCGGUGCUGUAUUAUAAACAUUCUUGAAUGGUUUUAAGCGUGCAUUUUGAUUGAUUUAAGGCAAAGUUAAUAAAGUGCAUUGCUAACAGUAAUUAAUAUAUAAUGGAGAAGUGAAAGUAUUUUUCCACAAUCAAGAACAAAACCAAAUUUGUUACAAGUGAAUAUUAUUCAUUUGACUUCAAGGAUGAAUUCACUUGAGAAAGAUUGCACGAGCGGCCUUCCACUUCCGGCAUGUGAGAACGUUACCAUAGUUACACGUGCGGAGUGGGGCGCCCAGCCCUCGAAGGAGAUAAACUACAUGGGCACUCCAGUGGGCGUGGUCUUCAUACACCACACGGCGAUGUCAGAGUGCGACACCCAAGACAGGUGCUCGGAAGAGAUGCGCACGAUACAACGCUUUCAUCAGGUUGACAGAGGUUGGGAUGACAUCGGCUACAACUUUCUGAUCGGCGAGGAUGGAAAGGCGUACGAGGGUCGGGCCUGGGACCGGAUAGGGGCUCAUACUAGAGGUUGGAAUGACGUAGCUAUCGCCUUCUCAAUUAUGGGGGACUACACAAAACAUCUUCCAAAUGACGCUGCACUGAACGCCGUACAGGCGAUGAUCGAGUGUGGAAUACGGCUAGGGAAGAUCGACGCUGACUACAAACUGUAUGGACACAGGGACGUCGGAGCUACCGAGUGUCCCGGACAGCGCCUGUAUGAGCUCAUACGGACCUGGGAACAUUAUGGCCGCGUGGGCUCUGAACCCCCGGUCAAACCUACGCCCAUACCAUUCCAUUCCGGAGUAUAGCCGUUCCUUGUAUUACAGACCAUUAACGGACCAUUUCAUUUGUAUCGUGCCUUGUAUAUACAUGUAAAGAGAAAUAAAUAUUCGCAUUA